AGUAAACAACCUUCAAGAGUAAGAGAGAUCCACUGAAAUGGAGAAUGGAAUGGAUGCUCUCCACCACUCAGGAGUUCAGAUUGUCCAGUAUCUUCAGGUGAACUAUAAAACCUCCCAAGACUGGUUCGUAUUCAUCUCAUUUGCUGCCGAUCUCAGGAACACCUUCUUUAUCCUGUUCCCCAUCUGGUUCCAUCUGUGUGAGUCAGUGGGGAUCAAGCUCAUCUGGGUAGCUGUGAUCGGCGAUUGGCUCAACCUUGUCUUCAAAUGGAUCCUAUUUGGCCAGAGGCCGUACUGGUGGGUGCACGACACAGAUUAUUACAACAACAUGUCUGCUCCAGCCAUACAACAGUUUCCUGUCACCUGUGAGACAGGUCCAGGAAGUCCUUCAGGACAUGCAAUGGGAUCUGCAGGCAUUUACUAUGUGGUGGUAACUGCCCUGAUUACUCUUCUCCUAAAGAAAAAUAAAUCCUUCAGUUUCCAAAAGAGAUGUUUUCAAGCCCUUCUGUGGUCUGGUUUCUGGAUGAUUCAGGCUUGUGUUUGUUUGUCCCGAGUCUUCCUUGCUGCUCAUUUUCCACAUCAAGUUAUCUGUGGAGUAAUUGCAGGCAUGGUGGUGGCUGAAGUAUUUGAACACAUCCAAUCCAUUUACAAGGCCAAUCUGAAUAAGUAUAUAUACACUACUCUGUUCCUGUUUUGCUUCGCUCUGGGAUUUUACCUGGUGUUAAAAAUUGUUGGCGUGGACUUGCUGUGGACACUACAAAAGGCCAAGAGAUGGUGCUCCCAACCCGAGUGGAUCCACAUUGAUACAACUCCAUUCGCCGGACUCCUUAGGAACCUGGGUAUCUUCUUUGGCUUGGGGUUGGCCCUUAACUCGCAAAUGUACAAAGACAGCUGUCAGGGGAAACACAGCAGGCGCUUCAGCUAUCGCCUAGGCUGUAUUAUAGCCUCAUUGCUUGUCCUCCACCUUUUCGACAGCUUUAAACCACCCACCAAAGUGGAGAUGCUCUUUUACUCUUUGUCCUUUUGCAAAAGUGCAGCAGUUCCAUUGACAUGUGUAGCAAUAAUCCCGUACUGUAUAUCACAGAUUGUAAACAGGAAAGAGAAAGUUUUAUAAGACUAUGGCAUGACCUCUCUUUACUAAAUUUACUAAGUUUCUACAUUCUGCAGUGCUCUGCCUACAUGUACAUAUGGAGAGUACCAUCCAGGGUAGAGAGGCCAUUCCAUACUUGUAAAUAGGUCUUGCACUGAAGUCAAGUUUUUGCAACUUUAAAAGCAAGAACAUGUCAAGAGAUGCCUUCUACUAGGUAAUGAACUUGAAAAAUAGCUGCACCCCAGCAUUGGCUAUCUAUAAGGUUAUCUGAGGUCUUUUCUAAAUGCCAAUAAAGAAGUGUCUGAAGGGCAUGGGGUUACAUUUCUACAGGCCUAUGGUGAAGGGUCAUUUGGAGUAUUUAAAAGGUAGCAUGAAUAAUUAUAUCUUAUAGAAGGCAACAUUUCAUGCUACGGUUGGCUACAUUUCAUGCUUUCAGGUGCUAGAGUCUGUGAAUACUUGAUAUUACUCUACAAUGUGCAAAGUCUCCUAAACUCAUGGGAAGAUGACAGCUAACAGUGUUAUUUUUUGAUCAUUCCAGCCCUGUAGGAAGCAUGGGUGGGUUUUAUGUAUGGUACUAAGAAAUACCCCACCAUACAUCAUUAGUAUAGAAUGUACGGAGGUGGGUAACAAAGUCAAGUGUGGCAUGGUUUUUUUUUUUGGUUUAGGUUAUUGACCCAGAAAAACAUAUAUUUUUUUAUAUACCUCUCAGGGGUGAUUUGCAUUGUACUAGUUUUUUUAUUCUGUGUUCAAGUCACAAGUUUGUGAUACGAAAAUGUGAAAAGAGAUGUAAGCUAGAAUGUAUGGCUGUUUGUUUUGAAACAUUUUUAGAUCAAAAAAUUCUUUGAUCCAAAUUUCGAAUGACAUUUUAGUUGUUCUGUUGGUUUAUGCAAAUAAAUUUGUUUUUUUAAAAUAAA